AAUCCAAUUACAGUUUUCGGUCCCAUCUAAUCUAUAAACCACGAAAUGGAUGCGAUUCCUUAUCCAUUCCGAAACCCAUUACCACAUGUUGAAAGAACCACCACGAUACGUUACAAACAGAAGAAGAAGUAGCAGCAGCAGCAAAACAGCAAAACCAGAUUAAUGGAAGCUGUAUUCGUUACCAAACCAACUUCUCACUUCACAACAAAACUCUCUUCCAAUCCCAAACACCCAUUUCCUUCCCACCAACAAUCUUUUCCAAUUCUCCACAAAACAACCCACUUCCACUUCGUCUCCGCCGCACUCCAAAGCCAGCAUCAAAACCCAACACCCAAAGAAACCGCCGAAGAUGAGUCCUACGGCGAAGUCAAGGGAAUCAUCGGCAGCAGAGCCCUCGACGGCGCCACCGGCAUGGAGUACCUCAUCGAGUGGAAAGACGGCCACGCUCCUUCCUGGGUUCCCUCCGACUUCAUAGCCAAAGACGUCCUCGCCGAGUACGAGACUCCAUGGUGGACCGCCGCCAAGAAAGCCGAUGACUCCGCCCUCAACCGCCUCAUUGAAGCCGCCGACGACCGCGACGUCGACGCCGUAGACGCUGACGGAAGAACCGCGCUCCUCUUCGUCGCCGGACUUGGCUCGGAGCCGUGCGUCCGGCUGCUGGCUGAAGCCGGCGCCAACCUCGACCACCGCGACAACAGCGGCGGCCUGGCGGCGCUUCACAUGGCGGCAGGGUAUGUGAGACCUGGCGUCGCGAAGCUUCUUUUGGAGCUUGGUGCAGAUCCUGAGGUGGAGGAUGAUCGAGGAAGAACGGCGCUGGAUCUGGCGAGGGAGAUUCUGAAGGUGACGCCGAAGGGGAAUCCAAUGCAGUUCUCGCGGAGGAUUGGAUUGGAGAGUGUGAUUAGGGUUUUGGAAGGGGCGGUGUUUGAGUUCGCAGAGGUGGAGGAGAUUUUGGAACGUAGGGGGAAGGGUGAGAAUUUGGAGUACUUGGUGCGGUGGAAGGAUGGCAGUGCCAACGAGUGGGUUAAGGCGAGGUUUGUGGCGGAGGAUAUGGUCAGGGACUACGAGGCUGGACUUGAGUACGCGGUGGCUGAGGCGGUGGUUGAUCGGAGAAUUGGUGAUGAAGGGAAACAAGAGUUAUUGGUAAAGUGGAUCGAUUUAGAAGAGCCCACAUGGGAGCCCGAAGAGAAUGUGGAUCCUGAACUUAUCAAGGUGUUCGAGCAAAGUGUCAAUCAGGCCCAACCUGUUAUUAAUGGGCCUGCAAUGGUCGUUUCGGAUCAGCCUGGCCCAUGAAUUUUUAUUCGGCCUCACUCUUACGGCAGCACAUGAUGAUUGUUUUAUUUCGAAUCAAAUCCAAUACAAAUUUUCCUCGA